GAAGAGAAGCGGUCUAGUUCCGGACGCGGCCGCUGCCGCCGCCAUCUAUCAUCUGAGCUUCGGCACCAGCACCCUGCCGUCCCAGCCCCGCCGCUUGUCUCCUCGGCGGAGCUGCUUCCCGGUCCUGCCACCUCUCUGCUCUGUUCUCGUCGCUGACUUCUUCCCCUACAUGGAUCUGGUCAGAGUGGCAUCCCCUGAGCCCGGGCCAGCAGCGGCCUGGGGACCCAACAAGUUGUGUGCAGUAAAAUCUUUUAAAAAGAAACAAAAAGCGGGAUGGGCAGCUUGUGAUGCAUCUUGAAGAGUAGAAGAAAGGGGGAAUGAUUUCCCUCCCAUCUGCAGCCAGCAGGUGUGGGAGGAUGGCAGCUGUGAAGACCCCACGUUGCUGCGUUCAGUGGUUGCAGUUUCCCAGGAGAGGAAAACAGGUGUCCAUGGGCUACCCCUCAAAAUACAAUAUCUUGUUCUUUGUCUGAUGUAAUGAGUGAGCAGUUGGCUAAAGAAUUGCAGUUAGAAGAAGAAGCUGCCGCUUUUCCUGAAGUUACUGUUGCUGAAGGACCAUUUAUUACUGGAGAAAACAUUGACACUUCCAGCGACCUAAUGCUGGCUCAGAUGCUACAGAUGGAGUUUGACAGAGAAUAUGAUGCCCAGCUUAGGCGUGAAGAAAAAAAAUUCAAUGGAGAUAGCAAAGUUUGCAUUUCCUUUGAAAAUUAUCGAAAAGUGCAUCCUUACGAAGACAGUGAUAGCUCUGAAGAUGAGGUUGACUGGCAGGACACUCGUGAUGACCCCUACAGACCAGCAAAACCAGUUCCUACUCCCAAAAAGGGUUUUAUUGGAAAAGGAAAAGACAUCACCACCAAACACGAUGAAGUAGUAUGUGGGAGAAAGAACACAGCCAGAAUGGAAAAUUUUGCACCUGGGUUUCAGGUAGGAGAUGGAAUUGGAAUGGACUUAAAACUAUCAAACCAUGUUUUCAAUGCUUUAAAACGACAUGCCUACUCAGAAGAACGUCGAAGUGCCCGCCUCCAUGAGAAAAAGGAGCAUUCCACUGCAGAAAAAGCAGUUGAUCCUAAGACACGUUUACUUAUGUAUAAAAUGGUCAACUCUGGAAUGUUGGAGACAAUCACUGGCUGUAUUAGUACAGGAAAGGAAUCUGUUGUCUUUCAUGCAUAUGGAGGGAGCAUGGAGGAUGGAAAGGAAGAUAGUAAAGUUAUACCUACAGAAUGUGCCAUCAAGGUAUUUAAAACAACCCUUAAUGAGUUUAAGAAUCGUGACAAAUAUAUUAAAGAUGAUUUCAGGUUUAAAGAUCGCUUCAGUAAACUAAAUCCGCGUAAGAUCAUCCGCAUGUGGGCAGAAAAAGAAAUGCACAAUCUUACAAGGAUGCAGAGAGCUGGAAUUCCUUGUCCAACAGUUGUACUACUCAAGAAACACAUUUUAGUUAUGUCUUUUAUUGGCCAUGAUCAAGUUCCAGCCCCUAAAUUGAAAGAAGUAAAGCUCAGCAGUGAAGAAAUGAAAGACGCCUACUAUCAAACUCUUCAUUUGAUGCAGCAGUUAUAUAACGAAUGUACGCUCGUACACGCCGACCUCAGUGAGUACAACAUGCUCUGGCAUGCUGGGAAGGUCUGGUUGAUCGAUGUCAGUCAGUCUGUAGAACCAACCCACCCUCAUGGCCUGGAGUUCUUGUUUCGUGACUGUAGGAAUGUCUCACAGUUUUUUCAGAAAGGAGGAGUAAAGGAAGCCCUUGGUGAACGAGAACUCUUCAAUGCUGUUUCAGGCUUAAACAUCUCGGCAGAUAAUGAAGCUGAUUUCUUAGCUGAGAUAGAAGCUUUGGAGAAAAUGAAUGAAGAUCAUGUUCAGAAGAAUGGAAGGAAAGCUGCUUCAUUUUUGAAAGAUGAUGGAGGUCCACCGGUCUUAUAUGAUGAAUAGCAGUAGUGCCCACUGCUUUCAGUGUUGACACAGUGGUGAUUGUCAGCUGCCAAUGGCAAAUGAAGUUAUGGGUGACUUGAAAUAUCAAAACAUGAGGCGUGUACAAUGGUGCUUCUGUGCUUUUUUGCCCUUGUAACCCAUAUACCAGAUGCGUGGAAUUUUUAGCUCAGCGUUGAGAGAAUAAAAUGUCACUACCUCUCAUGAUAUGAAUAGGGUAAUAUAAUUCUUAACAGCUAUAGGUUAUCUAGCUGAGAUCAACCUGAUUUUACAGGAUUUGUGGCAUAAAAUGUUUUGAUGAGAAUUUUUAACACUUCCAAAUAUGGAAGGAAGGGACAGAUGUGUUUACAAAGGAGACAUUUAUUACAACACACUUGGCUUUUCUCACCUCCCUCUUUUGUGUUGCAUCUUUCCUUAAAUAUUUUAUGGCCUAAAAUUAGCACUUCUUAAUUCUUUUUCCAGAUUGUGACCAUGAUUCUAAAGGGAAAUUUCUUCUCUUUAGUAGGUGACAUAAAUGGAAAUUUGGUUUGAGAAUGGCUGACAGAAGUAAAGUGCUUUUUAUUGGUACAUCUUGAAUUCUUUUCCCACACUCAUAUGCAAGGAAAAGGCAUCAUCAAUUUCUGAAAGAGAUAAAUAAGUACUUCUCAACUAUCCACAGUUUUUAAAUUUAACUUCCAGCUUUUCUACAUUUAGGUGAAAUGGUUAGGAUGUAACUCAUGUUGCAGCCGCUCUGCAUUUAUAAUGAAAAUGUAAAUUAUCUGGAAGGACAGAGUAGAAUCUUCAACCAUGUUUAACAUUUUUAUUGAAGUCAUUGAAACAAAAUUCAGUUUACACAUCACUCAAGCUGUAUACUUACUGAUUUUUAAAGAAAUAUAGCAAGCAGGCUACCUAGAAAGAUUAUAUACUCAAAGGAUGAAAAGUACAUACAGAACAAGUUGGGUACCAGAUCACCAACUAAUUUAAACUGCCUGAUCUCGCUUUUAAUAAUUUUUAGUACUGUUGGGGCGCCACUUCUUUUUUUUUGGGGGGGGGGGCGCCACUUCUUAAUGCAGAUGAAAUACAUGGACUCUAUUAAGACUGAAGCUCAUUCAGAACAACAGCAUCGUUCCUCCUAUUACUAGAAUCAGAUUGAAAUCACUGAAGACCUAAACUCUGUAUGAUAGUAGAAAGUAAAAUCUGAACAUUAGUUACGCAAGAUUAUUUUAAAAUGCCAAAUACGUUCUCUCUAGAAAAAUAUUUAUUUUGUUUCUGUUGUAUAACUUUUAAUUGUGUUUCAGAGAAGUGUGAUUUGGGGCUCCUCAUUGCAUUUCAUGAAAUGUUUACCACUAUGAAACAAAUAUUUAAAUGACUGGGAAUUAUUGACUUUACAGAAGUUUUAAAGAACUAAUUUUAAAAACCAUUAACCAUUAAAUUUUGUUUUGUUUUGUUUUCUGACAUACUCCGUUUGACAGUAGCAGUGAACUACUGCUGUGUGGCAUUCUUGGAGUGUGCUGUGAACAUGCUUUUUAAGAAAUUAAAAAUGAAGAGAUCAUUUUA